AUGCACUCCCUUCUAUGUUCACAAGAUAUCUUAUCCCAAGUCUUCGGACAGCUCGUGAACGAGCUUGACAACAUAAGAGACGGCGAAGAGGAGAGGAAUGAGAUCCAGAAAUCUCUCCUACGUGGUACCAUGCUCCAUGCUGCUCUGACGUGUCGGACUAUGCAAGAACCCGCUCUGGAUGCGCUAUGGAGAAUAUUGGACUCGUUACACCCCAUAUUUCGGCUCGUAAACGGGUUCGGCUCGGUCCAUGGGAAUUUUACGCUGAUCAAAGGGGUUACGGAGGAGGAGCUUCAGCGCGUCCGAAAGUAUUCGGGUCGCGUCCGUAAGCUCUUUUACGUCGGCUACUAUGAACCGAUCCAUCCUGUUGCGUACCUAAGACUAGCCCAGGCUCUAGGGUCACCGAUACUGCCUCUGCUUCGGGACUUAACAUGGUCCUCUAGAGAUGUCGGCCUGCAGCUUCCCUCGCUUGUUACGUCUACUCUCGUGAACGUCAAUAUACGGCUAUUCAUAUCGGAAGACGACGACGACGAUGACGAGGAUAGGUUCAAGCUGGCCCAUUCCGUAACGCAAACGCAAGCCCUCCAGAUUGUUGUGGAAGACCUAGCAGACAAGGUACCGCAUAUUCAAGAGCUCGUACUGGAGAACUUCAGACCCGGAGUGUCCCUCUACACCGUGCGGAACUUCACACGCUUGAGAAGCCUCCGUAUCGCCACGGACGUCUAUUGGCAGUCUUAUAACGCGUUCGUAUCCAUAUCUUACAGUGAUUUGCUGGCAUUGUCCCAGAUGGGCAGCCUCUCGGAACUCUCUGCCAACGUCGACGAUACGGAUGUGCUGACCACUUCGAGAGCUCUUUCGUUCCGAUCCCUACGGGUCCUCAAGCUCACAGGCCAUUUGUCGAAGGUCAUCGCUGUCCUGAAGUUGGUGCAGUCGAUCCCUCUCCAACGUAUCGAUGUUUGUCUGGGCGGCGGCGAUGCCCCGCAGCAUGAUUGGUACCAAAACUUUUUCCGCUGCAUUAGCUUGCCAAGCUUGCGCCACUUAUUUGUCGAGUUCACAUAUGACCUGCAGAAGCAGAAUGUACGCGCUGGUGUCGUUCUGGAUGUCCGGACCAUUAUACCCCCGCUCCUCGUAUGCGCACAGCUGACGCAUUUCGAGAUUGAACUGAGUAGCCACGCAGAGCAACGAGUGCUGAUGGACGAUGACGACUUGCUUCAAAUGGCUCAAGCGUGGCCGCACCUGGAGUAUUUUUGCUGGAACUUUGCCUACGACAUAUCCCGCAUACCUACGGUCCGAGGUUUGCAUGCCUUUGCAGCUCAUUGCCCGCGUCUGCGAACUCUAAUGAUCGCCUUGAACGGCAAUGUCCCCUUUCCCGAGGCCAAUAAAGCACCCGAUUCGCAACAUGAUCUGAAAAGGCUUGUCGCAUAUGGGCCCGAUUUGGGGGAAAUUACUGAUACUGCGCAGUGGGUGUACGCGCUUUUUCCGUCCGUGGAGGACAUCAUGGAACGCGGGAAAUGGCCACAGGUGCUGAAAAUCGUCCAAGCUUUCCGGAGAAUGAGAGCAGUCCACGGUUGA